GCACGAGCGUUCCCCAGGGCUACAGUUGCUAUCCCAGCCCAUUAACGCACACGAAAUUGUUUCCAUCCUUCGUGCUGACGACUGCUGAUUGCUAACAUUCAGAGGCUAGGGCCCAAUCUGUACAAAUGCACCGGGGAGUGAAACCCUAUGCUGCAGCAUCUGUAGAGGCCGAAAGCAUCUUGUUGCUGGCCGCUCUCCCAGAGGACAACCAUGAUCUACCUCAGACAUUAUCUGCUGGUGGUCCUUUAGUAGUGUCCCGUCGUAUGUCCCAUCCCUCGUUGAAUUCGUUUGUUGGAAUGCUACGACGGCCUGUCAGGCUGGAGUUGAGUCAAGACCUGGCAUUGCUGGUUCGUCUAUGUUGUGGAGCCGUUGAACAGCCAGCCCAGGCCCUGCAUGCUGCGGAGAACCCGCCCGUUGGAGAGUUUGGCACGAGCCGAUUCUGCGUCCUCGGUCAUCAGAGCUUGUUCGUUAUUGCCCCAAGGCGGCAAGAACUUAUGGUACUUAAUUAUUCCAACUACGUCAACUUGUUUUCGUGGAGGAAUGGAGGAGCGGUGGACGCGACAAAUCAAGUUCUUAUUGAUCACAACCUUAGAGCAGGCUGAGGUCGAUCAAGACAUCAGGAAUACGUCGGUACUGUGGCGGACAGCCCAUUGUGACGCGGCGUUGGGCAAACUUUUGUGGAUUUCAGCGUGCCAAGACGACGUUUUAGUGGAGAGAAGAGAGCCAAGACAAGCACGAGUCGGG